GCAUUGCGACCAGAAGUGGACAAUUGGAUGGAGUAUUUGAUUACUGGCGACACGAAGACCAUCGAUGAUCUCAAACGAGAUAUACUUACCGUUGAACGCAUCGACAAAGACAUGGAUGAGGUCGCGGUCUAUCUGUACGACGACCUCCUCUCCGGCAACUCAUCCAUCGGUGAUGUUCUUCGAGACAAAGAUUGCGUUGAACUUCGACUCAAAAGUGCGGACAAUAAGCUGAAGAAUUACUCAUCUCUGGCCUCGUGUUCAAUAUGUCUGAACCCGUUUGACAGUCACAUCGGCGGCUAUGAUGGCGGCGCCGAAGACCGGUGGCAGCGGACUCUUUACUGUAGCCAUCGGUUCCACAAGCGCUGUAUCGAUGAGUGGCUGAAAACGCACAGACAGUGUCCGCUGUGUAGACGCACUGAUCCGACCCGACAGAUGGCCAGACGCGGUGGCGGACACUCCCGGCGCCCACAAUACCGGACCGUCCACCACAAAUCGGAUUCCAAGACAUCACUCGCGAGCACCGGAAGAAUGGCAUCGAAUCCCACAUCAGUAUUGGUGUCCAUUAAGACGUUGUGUCCCGAAGUGGAGGACUAUUGGCUGUCAAUCCCUUCCCACGUGAAGACCAUCGAUGGUCUCAAACGACACAUACUUUCAGACAAUUUCAUUGUCAAAGACACGAAUGACGUGGAGCUCUAUCUCAUCGAUGGCUUACUUCGCGGCCAUUCAUCCAUCGCUGGUGUUCUUCGAGACAGAGAUCGCAUCGAAAUGCGGACCAAAUGUGUGGACAAUUGUCGGAUCAUCUCUUCGACAACCAAUACUUCACUUCAUAAUAGGAUUAAAAGUUUACCGAAUGAAUGCAUUACUGUUGAGGACUCAGAUGACGGGUCCGGUGUUCAGACCGUAAGCACAUCCGAGAAUCAAUUGAAAUGCGAUCGCAAGCCAUCAAUAGAUCCCAACAUAUCUGUGACCAAUCGAUUGGACACCAAAUUUACUUCAGCGCUGAAAGUGUUGAACAAAUCUGUGUUUAACCGCAAAACAGUCACUAAAAGAGCCGAUAAAAUGAUAGUAAAGAGUGAAUCCAGCGGUUCCAACGCCUGUCCGCCCGUCUCAACGGCCAGAAUAUCAUCGAAAAGUGUUGAAAAGAAGACAAUUGGACCCGAAGUGGAGCCGCAGUGGCCAUCGAGAAGCGGUCAGACAGCGAGUCAAUGGUGG